CAUGUACGAACCGCUUGACCCAACAACAAACCAUCUCGCCCUUUCGAGCUUGCGCCUCGCCGCGAAGUAGCCCCGCCGAACCAAAACAAGAAAUAAAAAAAUUCAGCACGAUUAUCUCGGGCAACGGAAGGAUAAUUUCUCGCAAUGGCGGACGCGGCGUUUAAGCCCGAGAGGGACUACUCGAAGGAGGCCGACACCCUGAUUCCCGAGGCCGAGCAGCUCGCAAAGACAGACAUUCAUGCCGCUAUCGAAAAGCUCUCGAUUCUCGAGAAGCAGACACGCCAGGCAUCCGAUCUCGCAUCAACAUCACGGAUCCUCGUCACCAUCGUUACCAUCUGCAAAAAUGCCGGCGAUUGGAGCCUGCUCAACGACCAGACCCUGGUGCUCUCCAAGAAGCAUGGCCAGCUCAAACAGGCCAUCACCAAGAUGGUCCAGACCGUCAUGGGCUUCCUAGACCAGACACCGAACUUGGAGACCAAGCUAUCCGUGAUCGAGACUCUUCGUACGGUCACCGAGGGCAAGAUCUUUGUCGAGGUUGAACGGGCUCGCGUGACCAAGAUCCUUUCCGACAUCAAGAAGAAGCAGGGUGAUCUCAAGGGGGCUACGGACACGCUGUGCGAACUUCAGGUCGAGACCUUCGGCUCGAUGGACCGCCGCGAGAAGGUCGAGUUCAUUCUGGCUCAGGUGGGGCUUUGCAUCGAGAUUGGGGAUUGGACACAAGCAGGCAUCCUCAGCCGCAAGAUCAGCACCAAGUACCUGGCGCGGAAACCCAAGAAGACGCCGGAGCAGCUUGAGAAAGAGAAGAAGGAGCGUGAGAAGAAGGGCAAGGUCGAGGAAGAGCCCGAGAAGGAGGAGGACGUUACGGAUCUCAAGCUGCGUUACUACAGGCAGCAGAUCCUGCUGGCCCAGCAUGAGGGCAAGUACCUCGACGUGUGCAAGCACUACAGACAAGUGCUGGACACGGAGACGGUCGAGGAAGACCCAGAGAAGCUCCGCUUUGUGCUGCAGAGGAUCAUCUACUUCAUCAUCCUGGCGCCGCAUGACAACGAGCAACACGAUCUGCUCCACAGAAUUCACAGGGAUCCUCGGAAGUCCUUGGUCCCCGAAGAUGCGGAGCUCCUCAAACUCUUUACCGUUCCCGAGCUCAUGCGGUGGCCCGAGGUCGCGCGGGUCUUCGGUCCGCACCUGACGGAGACGGACGUCUUCGACGCGGAGCUGGGCGACUCGGACGACGAGAAGGCCUUUGAGCGGUGGCAGGACCUGCGCAAGCGCGUCAUCGAGCACAACGUGCGCGUGAUUGCCAAGUACUAUACCCGCAUCCGGAUGGGCCGCCUCACCCAGCUGCUAGACCUGACCGAGGACGAGACGGAAAAGUACAUCAGCGAGCUGGUGACGUCCAAGACGAUCUACGCCAAGAUCGACCGUCCCGCUCGCAUCGUCAACUUCGCCAAGCCGCGCGAUGCCGACGAGAUCCUGAAUGAAUGGAGUUUCAACAUGAAGAGCCUGCUCGGCCUGCUGGAACGCAUUGACCAUCUGAUCACGAAGGAGGAGAUGAUGGCCAGGAUUCAGCCCGGCGUCAAGGCCAAGGGCAAAGAAUCCAAGCGGGCCCGCUAAAGGGACCCGCGCCUAUUAACUUAUGGUCACGUAGACGACUGUACGAAUAGACAUGAACUGGGAAACCACGGUUCUCGAUCCAGUGGACUGAGGAUGUCGACGCAACGCUGGUGGGAAGCUAGUGGCAAUGAUAGUUCUCGCGGAUUGUCGUCGACAGACGAGAUGAUCCCUCGAAUAUCUGCAUGUUAAGGCAGGGCAAUCGUCCCCCUCAAAAUCUCCCCGUGUCUACUGUAAGAAUCGAGGGCUGAGGCGAGGCGAGAUUCCGCAGCUGGCCUGAGCACCUCGCGCGGACGGUACCUGCGCGGGAUACCUCCACGCAUCGGAACUUAACGCCUACACAUACGAGAAUAGAGUAUACACACAAUACAGGACAGUAUGUGAACCGCC